GACAGAGAAACGUAUCAAACAAUUCUGACGAAGCCAAAUCAUCAUCUUGAGGGAUAUGAUCUGCACAUCAGACAUUUCUGGGAAACUAACGAACAAUAAUUAGCCAUUAACUGACAUCAUUUAAGCUAGUGUGAUUAAUGAUGGCAGAGAAGGAGAGUGUAGACGAUUUAGAGGUUAGGUUUAAUCGAGCCGCUAAUCAUUUGCAGAGUUUGGCAGCAAAUUUGGAUUCGGGACAAUUGCUAGGGUUUUAUGGUCUCUAUAAACAGGCAACUGUGGGGCUUUGUGACACCGCUAAACCGAGUUGGUAUCAGGCACAGGCGAAGCAGAAGUGGGAGGCAUGGAGGAGCCUCGGGGACAUGGGAAAGGAGGAAGCGAUGGAGAAGUAUAUUUCAUUGUUGACAAAUUUGGAUGAGAAUUGGGAGCACGAUGCCAAGAUUGGGGGUAAAGCCUGGGUCGCUGUCAGCUCGAUGGUAAACACCGAUGAUGUUCUCAGCGAUGGGGACAAGACUCUGUUCGAUUGGGUGAAGGAAGGCAGAGAGGAUAAAGUUAGGGAAUUACUGCUGCGUGAUUCAUCGAUCAUCAACACACCUGACAAGGACAACAUGCUGCCGAUUCACUGGGCUGCUGAUCGAGGCCACAUACCCACCAUCAAGUGUCUGAUUGAAAAAGGGGCGGACAUCAAUGCCCAAGAUGAUGAUGGCCAAACAGCCCUUCAUUAUGCUGCUUCUUGUGGGCAUGCCGAUGUCGUCGAAUAUCUGCUCUCCAUUGGGGCUAAAUCACUCAAGGAUCACGAUGGACUAACACCCAAACAAGUUGCCGAUGACAGACUUGCAGCCAUACUCUGACAUGAUUCAUUGGUUUAGUACUGUAUGAAUGUCAAUCAAGAUUGUGUUAUCUUUAAUAUGAAUGAAUCAUUAAAUAAUGUUGGAAAUAUAUGAUUGGAAAAUGGGGUUCAAAUUUUGUCUCUGUAAGCUCCGUUUCUUAUUUUUGUUUUUUUUUUAUUUCAUUUAUAAACAAAUAAAUCCUUUAAUACUCCAAUAUACUCACAGCCUAAGGUCUCCUUAGGUAAAUGCGUGCUCCGAUGAAAAUUUUUUCACGUCUACGGACGAUUUUGAAUUAACCGAUUGCCGUUUUCAUCUUAUGUUCCAUAAAUCUUCAAUAAACUCAUAACUUUUAAUUUUAAAAA